GAGACAAAAGGGUCGCGGGGUCAGCCUGCCAUGGCUUCCCGGAGCCUGGGGGGCCUGAGCGGGAGCCGUGGCGGGGGCGGCGGCGGCAAGAAGAGCCUGAGCGCCCGCAAUGCUGCGGUGGAGAGGAGGAACCUGAUCACCGUGUGCAGGUUUUCUGUAAAGACCCUGAUUGAUCGGUCCUGCUUUGAGACAAUUGAUGAUUCUUCUCCUGAAUUUAAUAAUUUUGCAGCUAUUUUGGAACAGAUUCUAAGUCACCGGCUAAAAGAGAUUUCCCAAAGUUGCAGAUGGCUGGCUCAUCUCCAAAUACCUCUUCAAGGUCAAGUAACCUGGUUUGGUUAUGAAAGUCCUCGUAGCUUCUGGGACUAUAUCAGAGUGGCUUGCCGGAGAGUUUCACAGAAUUGUAUCUGCAGCAUUGAAAAUAUGGAAAAUGUCAGUUCCUCUAGAGCUAAGGGUAGAGCCUGGAUCAGAGUUGCACUCAUGGAAAAACAUUUAUCUGAAUACAUCUCUACAGCUCUGAGAGACUUCAAAACAACCAGAAGAUUUUAUGAAGAUGGAGCAAUUGUCUUGGGUGAGGAAGCAAAUAUGCUUGCUGGCAUGCUGCUUGGGCUCAAUGCUAUUGAUUUCAGCUUCUGCCUAAAGGGAGAGGGACUGGAUGGCUGCUUUCCUGCUGUAAUAGACUACACACCAUAUUUGAAGUUUACCCAAAGCUCUGACAGUAUCAGCAGUGAUGAGGAGGAGCUGAGGACGCUGGGAAGCAGUGGCAGUGAGAGCAGCUCUCCUGAGAACGUGGGGCCUCCUUUCAUCAUGGACGAGAAUACGUGGUUCAACAAGUGUAAGAGAGUCAAACAGAAGUAUCAGCUCACCCUGGAACAGAAGGCUUAUCUUGAAGAACUCUUACGACUUCGAGAGAACCAGCUGUCUGAAUCUGUCUCCCAGAAUAAAAUACUACUACAAAGGAUCGAAGAUUCUGAUCUGGCCCAUAAAUUGGAAAAGGAACAAUUAGAAUAUAUAAUUGUGGAGCUGCAAGAUCAGUUGACUGUGCUAAAGAAUAAUGAUUUAAGAUCAAGACAAGAGUUAACUGCCCACCUCACCAACCAGUGGCCUUCCCCAGGAGCUCUGGAUGUCAAUGCUGUUGCCUUGGAUACGUUGCUUUACCGAAAACACAAUAAACAGUGGUAUGAAAAAAGUUAUCAAAAUCUUGACCAGUUUUCAGCUGAAGUUAGCCUUUCUCAGACUUCCCUGGACCCAGGUCAGUCACAAGACGAUGGAAAACAAGACACGUUAAAUUCAAUCAGCGAAGGUAAAGAAGACACUCCCUCCUUACUUGGUCUCUGUGGGUCUCUAACAUCAGUGGCAAGUUACAAAUCUCUAACUAGCCUCAAAUCCAAUGACUGUCUUGCAAGUCCUACAGCAGAGAUGACAAGUCCAGGCCUAACUCCAUCCUGAAAAAUUUAAUGUAAAAGCCACAAGAUUUUAUGUUGCAGAAGUUCUAGUACAUAAGUUUGACUGCUGGGAAAACCUUUGGAAUUUUAUAUUGUUCUGGUACAUAUGUGGAGUCCUGUUGCUUCGAGUUCAAUCUACUCCAUGUAAACUGAAUGGAAAAAAAAAGAUCUUGCCAUUGUUUUCAUUAAAAAAUUCUUAUAUUUGUCACUGAGAAAGUUUAAAAUGAAUAGGCCUAACAUUUUUUUCAAAGAUCCUCGAAAUUAAUAAUCAUUUGCAAAUUGUACAUACUUAUUCAGUCGAUUUUCAUAUAUUUAAAUGUAUCAUAAUUGCCAGAGACCGAGUUCAAGGUUUUAUUCCAGAGACUUAGGCAAGUAUUUUCUUUCCUUUUUAAUGCAAUGAUUCAAAUUUCUAAAAAUGACUUAAUUUCACUUUUCAUUAAUUUCUUCCUAUGUUCUCAUGUUAAAAGCCUUGUUUUUAAUAUGAGGAGAAUGUUUUCAGCUGCAGUUUGACAGUGGCUUAUUCAGUUUUUCUUUAACAGUCAUCAUUCGAUAUCAACUUAGCAUUCCACUUAACAUUUUAUAUAUUUUGUAGGAAUGUGCCUUUAGGCAGUUACUAAAUUAGUUAGGGUCAUAGGGAAAGUAUUUUACAGUAUUUUAGACCAUUUAGGUAAAAUGAAUAAAAUUUCUUAUCUUUGUUUCUCCAAAAUUUUCUUAAAAGGUCAUCAAUUAAAAAAACCUGACCAAAUAUGCAUCCAAAAUUAAACAUUAAAAAAGUGUAGAGCAGAUGUUGAAAAAAAUAUUUGAUCAGGGAAGAUUUCAAGUUCAAUCAAGUAUCUGAGAGGCUUUUAAAUUAGUAUCAGUAAGUGAUCACCAUACUUAAUGUCCGGCAUACAGUGCUGUUUUCUAUCCCUUAUGGGCUGCAGUGAAGUCUCAUGUAUGUUUUAUAGUUUCUAUUAUUAAUCACGCCACAAUCUCAUUUUAAAGUCAAUAUUAAAAAUCCCUGCACUUCUACAGGUUAAAAAAAAAGUUUUCUUUUUAAAAACAUCUCUGAACUGUAUUUUAAUUUUUUUUGCAAUUUUUGGAACUAUACAUUUUUGUCCCUAAAAACUUCACCAUAUUGGAAAAGAAAAUGUAUUAAAUGUAUUUUCUACAGUAAUAUGAGGAAAACAUGAUCAGUUGUGCCAAAGAAGUUUUAUACAUUGUUUACAUGAAGAAGCUACAAUACUUACUGGGGACUUAUGUGAUAUUUUUGUUUACUAAUAAAACGUUACAUUCAAACUUAGUAGCUUUGCCAUAGAGGAAGAAUGUUCCUCCUAAAGCAAUUUAUUUUUGUUGAGAGGAGGCAAGAAGUGCUGAACUUAUCACAGUCAUUCUUCGUGUUAGGAAUGUAGGAGUGUGGUGGUUCUCUGCAAUCUUUAGAGCUUUACUCUCAUAAUUUGGAAUUUAAGAUAAUAAAUAGGAACGAGGCUAGUCUUCUAUGUAAGAUAGUUCAAACAAUAUCAUUUCAGGGACAAAGGACGCCUGGAAAGCCCUUAAAAUAAGUUAUCUUAGAUGUACCAGGACUACUCAGAGCUUUAUUCUUUUAGCUUAAGGCUUUUUAGUACUUGUAAAAAUGCAAACAUUCUUGAGAAAUGGUACCUUUAAUCUCUGAAUUCUGAAUACCUGAUUGUGAGUGAGGUAUCCAAAGCAAUUUUUACUCAGUAUGGGGGAUGGAAGUUAUAAAAGGAGGGCAGUGGAAAUCUUGGGAGGAGGAAGUGAGAAAUGGUUAUGGAGGGGAACGUCAAAACUUUUAGGCUGGCCUUAAGCACUAUUGCUGCUUUCUAAAACUUUCAGAAUGUUUUAAUGCUUUAUCAUUCACGGUCCACUCUCAACUUGACAUUUUCCUUCAAUAACUUUAAAAAAUCAUUGUUACAUUUUUUCCAUACAUUUUUAUAAUACAGAAAGUUAACUCAAGAUUCCAUAAUUAAUACAAUUUUUCAGAUUUGUCUAAUGUGUACUGUAACUUGUGCAUCUUAACACAGUGCAUCUUAAGUGCAGAUUUAAACAUGACACCUGAGGACCAUGACUUCCUCCUUUCUUGGAGCUCUUGGUAUAAAAUUCAUCUGCUAAUGUGAAUUCAGGUUUCUACUCAGUUCAUCUCAUACUAAUUAGAGAGAUAGUUAAUGUGUGCAUGAGGAAACAACUUAUGUCUCAAUCUUUAGUUUCAUUUGGUAGUGUUUAUUGUUCAUACACCCUCCCCAAAAUAGAAUGCUGAAUUACAUGCUAAUAUUUCCAUGUGUAUUUUGUUGCCUUGAUGUAUUACACUUGUUGCAUGUAUAUUAAACAUUUUGUACCAUG